UCAGACGCCGGAGUUGAAAGUUGACGGAGGAAGGCUCGUGCUUGGACGGUUCGCGGGAAAAAAAGGUCCCAAAACAAAUCGGUUCUGGUGGACACGCGAGCAACUUCAGACCCAGUUUGAGCUCAUCGAUAAUCAGCCAAACUAAUCGAUCUGAUUGAUAGAAGCGCCGUCUUCAAAACGCGGUACUUUAACAACUAAAUGUUACUGGGAAACUGAAGUAGCUUCCAACAUUAGCUAGCUACUUUAGGUAGCUCCAGGCUAACACAACAGUGCUAAUCCGUUAGCACCACACGAGAGGUAGCUAACCGACGGUUAGCAGGUGGAAGGACUCGGUAACCGGGGAGAGAAAUGGCGGAGAGACCCGAAGAUCUGAACCUGCCCAACGCGGUGAUCACCCGCAUCAUCAAGGAGGCGCUCCCAGAUGGGGUGAACGUGUCGAAAGAAGCAAGGAGAGCCAUAUCCCAAGCUGCCAGCGUGUUUGUGUUGUAUGCAACGUCCUGUGCAAACAACUUUGCCUUGAAAGCCAAACGGAAAACUCUGAACGCAGGAGACGUUUUGGCUGCGAUGGAGGAAAUGGAGUUUGAGCGAUUCCUGGAGCCGCUCAGAGAAGCUCUGGAAGUGUACAAGAAGGGCCAGAAAGGAAAGAAGGAGGUGUCGGAGCAGAAACGUAAAGACAAAGAGAAGAAGCCGGACUCUGAGAACGAGAAGAGCCGGGAGGAGGAAGAGGAGGAGGAGGAGCGCAUGGAGGAGGAGCCCGAAGCCGAGAACGACGCCGAGGACGAGGAGGUGGAGAACUGACACAAACAGUGAGAAUGCACUUCCAUCAUCGCUGUACGUGAUGCGUUUAAGUGACGCUCGGUCAUCACAGAGCCACCGUGAAUCGAUCCAUCCGUGUUCACAGAGCAGCGAGACGAGCGCACAGAAGAGGUGGGGGGGGGGGGUGUCGUUGUCACAUUUAAUAAAACUAGGGAUGCACCUAAUCCAGAUUUUUGGGGUUCGGCCGA